AUGGAUUCGGAUAUGAUGCGACAUUGGGGUCGUCGGGAUGUCUAUGAUGACUGGCGGCACCACUCCGACUCUGAUAAUGAAGAUGAAAACAAGCAUCUGCGGCUGCGUGGUCCACUCAUGAGUAUUGCCGAAGUUUGUGAAGAUUCUUCCCAAGAAAUUUCGCAUCAUAGUCGUACUCACGGCACUGAAUAUGGAGGAGAAGGGAAGGAAGAGAACAAGGUGGAUGAUAGGAAGGAAGAUGAAAGAGGACACAAACAAAAUUCCGUCAUGAACAACAGUCACAGCAACAAAGUGGAAGAAGAGGACCACGAAGUCAGUGAUCAUAAGGACGAAGACUUUAUGAAUGUCCCACUUCACAGUGCUUAUGGACUACAAGCGGAAGAUUUAAUGCUGAAGAACAGCAUGGCAUUACCAACUGGUGAUGGAGGAAAAUACCGCACCGUUUCUGUGUUUGGAGGUGUCUUUGGCAUGUUGCCAGAUCCAGUAGAUUCCGACAAUUUAUCCUUGUCAUCAGCAUCCGAUGGUUUCAGCAGCGACGAUGACGUUUAUUCUCCACCCAAACGAAGUCCGAAGCGAAAAGUUGGGCAACGACGGAACGCUGGUGCACCUCCUCUAUCUACGAUAGAACCUCCAAAACAAACAACUCCUCCUGCCAAGGCUGCGGCGGUUUCUCCAAGAGUAGUGUCGCCACCAUCAGCCGCGUCACCGCCAUCAAUAACAGCGACUGGAUCCGAAAAUAAUUCGCCACCUGCUACAGCAACGACGAGUACAGAAGCAGGAGCAGAAGCAAAACCUGAUGCCGCGACCGCCUCUGUUCCAUCUUCAACUUCUUCGCCUACGCAACCAUCAGAGAAAAGAGCCAAUGAUGACAGUAGCAUGACGCGGGCGCUCAAGGCCUUUGAUCAAACAGAAUCUUUGCUGUGCAAAGUUCUAGGAGAUUUGGAGUCCGCACCCUUUUAUGCCGUCCCUCCGCAAGUCAUGGAGGAUGCCAUCACCACCUUGCAAGUUUCAAAACAAUCCUUGGAAUCUGCUCUUUGUCUGGAAGACGUUGUGUUGUCGUGCUGA